CAGAGCCCCAAAAAUCACAUUAUUCGAACCCCAAGCUCUCUCUGGAAACCCUAAAGAGGAAAAAUGUCGAAAGAGGUUACGGCGCCGUCGGCAGCGGUGGAGGAGCUCCCAAGGGUUGUGGUGCGGCGAUUGAUAAAGGAGAAGCUUGUCCAGCUCCGACGCGGUGGGGACGAGGACGUGAACGUGCAGAAGGAGGCGCUGCUCGCCUUCGCCGAGAGUGCGCGCAUCUUCAUCCACUACCUCUCGGCAACGGCGAGUGAUGUUUGCAAGGAAUCGAAGAGGCAGACGAUGAAUGCGGAGGAUGUUUUGAAGGCUCUGGAGGAGAUUGAUUUCCCCGACUUCAUUGAGCCUCUUAGGCAUUCUCUGCAAGGGAGAGACCUUGCUGAAUAUCUGGUUAAUAAGGUGUAUGAAUCUGCCAAUUAUGCAAAUGCAACCCCACGGCUUCCGGAGGAAGAAUGCAAUGAGAAAGGCAGACGCAAAGGGCAAGGGAGCACAAAAGAAACGGAAAAUGGAAGAAGAAUCAACAUUAGAGAAUGAGGAUAAUGGGAAUGGUGCACAAGCUACUGAGGAAGAUAUGGAACACAUUGAGGAAGAGAUGGAAGAAGCGGGUGAUGAAGCUCCAGAUAGCAGCAAUGAGUAGCUUAAAUGCCCUGUUCAAUUUUCCGCCUUUUUUCCUACCAGACAUCAUAUGUACACCGAACCAUUGUUGUUAAACCAAACCAUUGUUGUUAAACCGAGUAGCACCCAUAAUGAGUAAGGGGGCGUUCACUUUGAC